AUGGGCCAGACUCGGGGUGCUAUCCUCGCUUUAGGCGGGUUCGCUAAGCCGCAUGGGGCAGCUGUAUGGCUGCAAGCGACUGAUGAUGUUCGCAUGGGGUAUACGAGUACUAGUGAUGCGGGUAACAGUACCAGCGAUUUAUCGUCGAUCGCUGACACCUUGCCACCAACCUCCGCCACUCCCUUUCCCCCUCCCGCACCCUCCGCCGCUCCCGUUUCCCCCCUUCCUCCUCCGCUCAUCCCCGGCUCCCGCGUGCGCUCGCCUGCGCAUCUUACGCUGCUGCGGCGGCGCUGGCGCUGCUUGAGCGCUCGCGGGAAGUGGGUGCUUCCGCUCGCCCCCCGACUUCUGCCGUGGUCGCGGAAGCAGAGCCACAGAAGCGAGUGGGAAUGUGACGACCGUUGGAUCAACACGCCCGGCCACGUGGCGUUCCGGGACGCGGAUGUGAUUGCAGCGAAGGCGAUAGCAGCGAAGCGUGGGGUGGGUUUUGCGCGGAUUGGGGAAGGGAGAAGGGGGAGAGGGAGAAUGUUUGCAGACAGAGGGGCGAUGACGGAUGCGGAAGGUAGGGCGAGGGGACAGGGGGGAGAUGGACGCAUGAGACAAGGGCGGGGAAAGCGGCGGCUAAAAGAAGCAGGGUCAGGAGUAGAGGCAGAAGAAGGAGCGGCAGCAGAGGCAGCAGGAGAGGCAGCAGCAGAGGGAGCAGGAGGAGGAGCAGCAGAGGCUGCAGCAGAAAGUGCAGGAGGGCGAGCAGCAGGAGUGAACGGGACAGUAGGGGGGUUUGAGAGUCAGUGGAACGUUCGUCCAGCUGCUAAGUACCAGUGGGAGGUGGAGAGCGGUGAGUGCGGAGAAUGGAGGGAUGUGGAUGGGUUGAGACUUGCUGCGAAGCUGGCAGGGACGAAGGCUCCAGGAGCAGGAGGGGGUUCCCAUGCAGCGCCAGGGGGGUCUUUCCAACCGUCUCCUGGCGCUGCCGCCGCACCCGCGGGCCCAGUAAUCGCAGGUCCGCCCGGAACCCUCCCCCCAGGCGCGGGGGUUCCAGGCGCAGGCGGAGCACCCGGCGCAGGGGGGGGAGUAGCGGGGGGAGUGGCGGGCGCAUCUCCUGUGAUGCAGCCGAUGCCCGGGGGAAUGCAGCACAUGCAGCCGUAUAUGAUUCCGCCUAUGGGGCCGGAUAUGCAUGGCAUGUAUUACCCCGGGAAUGGAUACAUCCCCCACUACUACUACGAUUACUCUAUGCCAGGCUACGCGGAUCCUCCGCGCAUGCCCCCGGAGCAGUGGGAGGAGUACAUGCGCAUGGCCGCGCGGAUGGAUGGGGGAGCGGGCAUGAUGGACGGCGCACACCCGUCCAUGAUGGGCGCUCACAUGUUCGGCGCCCCUCCCCCCGGGUACCCCUUUCAAGGUCCUCCUAUGUUUCAGCCGCCCCUACUCCGUCCGCCCUCGCCUGGCGGUAAGUCGUGGGUCACGGACGGCCGCCCCUCCCCCGCCCCCCUUCGCCUGGCGGUAAGUCGUGAGUCAGGGACGGGCGCACACCCGUCUAUGAUGGGUGGAAACAUAUCGCGCCCAUGUCCCCCACACACGCCCCCAGUGAUUGUCAUCCCACCCCACUUACCUUGCCCGUUUUCAACUCUUACUGAGACCGUGUUCUCCUCAUGCUUCCCCUUUCCUGCCAACUCGCCCGCCCCUCCCUUAAACCCCUUUUCCUCCCCCCCACCCCGUUUCCCCGUUCCCCUCCCCCAGACCCAGCGCAGCCUGGCGAUUCCUCCCAGUCAGGUGCAGCAUCCGCGCACAUCCGCCCAGGUCACAUGCCCCCAGUCUGGCCCUUCUCACACUCAUGCUGUGUCCCCACCCCUCAUUCCUCUUCCCCCCUCGACCUCCCCCCCCUUCUUCCCCCCAGACCCAGCCCAGCCUGGCGAUUCCUCCCAGUCAGGUGCAGCAUCCGCGCACAUCCGCCCAGACCCAGCCCAGCCUGGCGAUUCCUCCCAGUCAGGUGCAGCAUCCGCGCACAUCCGCCCAGACCCAGCCCAGCCUGGCGAUUCCUCCCAGCCAGGCGCAGCAUCCGCGCACAUCCGCCCAGGUCACAUGCCCCCAGUGAUCGGCGCCCCUCCCCACAUGCCCCACAUGCCCAUGCACGCCUACCCCCGCCCCUCCCCCAUGUCCUCCGCCUCCCCGCCCAUAAACCCGCUCCCCAUGGGCCGUGGGGGGUACAAUCUCCUCCCCCGCGGGGGGCAGCAGCCUAUGGGCGGGCGCGGGGGAGGCGGGCGCGGGGGGGACGGUGGCGGAGGAGGGGGAAGGGGAGGCGGGCGCGGAUGGGGAGGGAACCGGCGGGGGCAAGGCCCUGGGGGUGGGGGCCAGGCAGGCGGAGGGGGAAGCGGGGGAGGGGGGAGCGGAAGUGGCGCGGGCGCAAGUGCAGCUGCAGGCGGAGGAGGAGGAGGCGCGGGAGCAGGGGCAGGGGGAGCAGCGGGGGGAGGCGGGGGGAACACUGGGGGGGCGGGUUCCCCUGCUAACAGAGGAGCUGGUCUUCUAGGCAGCAUUGGGGGACAGGGGCAGCACCAGCAGCAGAUAGGCGCAGCUGCUGGUGCCAUAGGGGAACCUAUAGGCGCUGCCGCACCAGCUGCAGCAGGGGUUGGAGCAGGGGCAGCUGGGGGAGCGGGGGGAGCGAUGGGGGCAGCAGCGGCAGCAGGGGGGGCACGUGGCGGAAUAACCUUGCGUCCAGACGAGUACAAUCGGGCGGACUUCAAGACGUCGUACGAGGCGGCGCGGUUCUUUGUGAUAAAGAGCUACAGCGAGGACGAUGUGCACAAGAGCAUCAAAUACGGCGUGUGGGCGUCCACCCCCACGGGCAACAAGCGCCUCGAUGCCGCCUUCAAGGACGCCGCCGGGAAGAGCAGCGCCACCCCCUGCCCCGUCUUCCUCUUCUUCUCCGUAAUUGCCUUCUACCCAGGUGAACGCGAGUGGGCAGUUCUGUGGGGUGGCGGGGAUGCUGACCCCAGUGGACUUCACUCGCACACUUUAUCUUUCCUUCCCUUUCCUUUCCCCCCCUCUUUCCCCCUUUCUCCCCUGUCUCGAUCCCUCCUCUCACCCUCCCUGUUUCAGGUGAACGCGAGUGGGCAGUUCUGUGAACGCGAGUGGGCAGUUCUGUGGGGUGGCAGAAAUGCUGACCCCGGUGGACUUCACUCGCAGUGUGGACUAUUGGCAGCAGGACAAGUGGAACGGACACUUCUCACCCAACUCGCUCCCUCUCUCACCUCCCCUCUGUUCCGUCCCCUCUGGCAGGUGAACGCGAGUGGGCAGUUCUGUGGGGUGGCGGAGAUGCUGACCCCGGUGAACGCGAGUGGGCAGUUCUGUGGGGUGGCAGAAAUGCUGACCCCAGUGGACUUCACUCGCAGUGUGGACUACUGGCAGCAGGACAAGUGGAACGGACACUUCCAGGUCAAGUGGCACGUGAUCAAGGACGUGCCCAACUCGCAGUUCCGGCACAUCAUCAUCGCUUCCAAUGAUGGCAAGCCUGUUACCAACAGCAGAGACACGCAGGAGGUGCCGCUGCAGCAGGGGCAGGAGAUGCUGCGGCUGUCCAAGGGCUACUCGUUCCAGGGAUUCACCCUCUCCCCCCACUCCCCCCUCUCCUCCUAUCCCCCAGGUGCCGCUCUAGUAGGGGCAGGAGAUGCUGCGGCUGUCCAAGGGCUACUCGUUCCAGGGAUUCACCCUCUCCCCCCACUCCCCCCUCUCCUCCUAUCCCCCAGGUGCCGCUCUAGUAGGGGCAGGAGAUGCUGCGGCUGUUUAAGGGCUACUUGUCGCUUAUGCCAUGCACUGCCCUUUCCCUACUCGAUCCCCCCAUCCACCCUUCCCCCCUCCUCCCCCCACCAGGUGCCGCUGCAGCAGGGGCAGGAGGUGCUACGGCUGUUCAAGGGCUACUCGUCCUCAGUGCCGCUGCAGCAGGGGCAGGAGAUGCUACGGCUUUUCAAGGGCUACUCGUCUCCACGGUGCACGCUGCACUGCCUGCUCAUUCUCCCCGAUUCCUUGGUCCUCUCCCCUCGCCCUCCUCCCUCCUCCCCUCUCCCACCAGGUGCCGCUGCAGCAGGGGCAGGAGAUGCUACGGCUUUUCAAGGGCUACUCGUCUCCACGGUGCCGCUGCAGCAGGGGCAGGAGAUGCUACGGCUUUUCAAGGGCUACUCGUCUCCACGGUGCACGCUGCACUGCCUGCUCAUUCUCCCCGAUUCCUUGGUCCUCUCCCCUCGCCCUCCUCCCUCCUCCCCUCUCCCACCAGGUGCCGCUGCAGCAGGGGCAGGAGAUACUGCGCCUAUUCAAGGGCUACUCAUCGCGCACGUCCAUUCUGGACGACUUUACCUUCUACGACUCGCGCCAGCGCGCCAUGCAGGAGCGGAAGACCCGCCACCCCUCCCACCCAACCACCUCCUGAAUCACCCAUGCUCCCCCUCUUUUCCUCCUCUCCCCCUCUUUUCCUCCUCUCCCCCUCUUUUCCUCCUCUCCCCCUCUUUUCCUCCUCUCCCCCUCUUUUCCUCCUCUCCCCCUCUUUUCCUCCUCUCCCCCUCUUUUCCUCCUCUCCCCCUCUUUUCCUCCUCUCCCCCUCUUUUCCUCCUCUCCCCCUCUUUUCCUCCUCUCCCCCUCUUUUCCUCCUCUCCCCCUCUUUUCCUCCUCUCCCCCUCUUUUCCUCCUCUCCCCCUCUUUUCCUCCUCUCCCCCUCUUUUCCUCCUCUCCCCCUCUUUUCCUCCUCUCCCCCUCUUUUCCUCCUCUCCCCCUCUUUUCCUCCUCUCCCCCUCUUUUCCUCCUCUCCCUCCUCUCGAUGUCUGCCCCUCUCCCUGUUGCUCCGUUUCUCCAUUCUCCCCCGCUCUUCCCCCUCCAGGUGCCGCUGCAGCAGGGGCAGGAGAUGCUGCGGCUGUUCAAGGGCUACUCAUCGCGCACGUCCAUUCUGGACGACUUUACCUUCUACGACUCGCGCCAGCGCGCCAUGCAGGAGCGGAAGACCCGCCACCCCUCCCACCCGUUCCCGCACCAGCAGCAAUCGCAGCACCUGCAGCAGCAUCAGCAGCAGCAGCAGCAGCAGCACCCACAGCAGCAGCACCAGCAUCCUCAUCAGCAGCAGCUGCAGUCGCAGCAGCAGCAGCUGCAGCACCAGCAUAUGCAGCAGCAGCAGCAUCAGCAGCACCAGCAGCAGCUGCAGCAGCAGAGGCGGACUGUAGUAGGGCGGAACCCGGGACCAGUGCUUCUGCCUCAGGUAUUUUUCGUGCCCGUCGUUUCUUUACCUUAUCACCCGCACUUGAAGUUCCUUCUCCCUCCUCCCCUACCUCUCCCCUCCCGUUCCCCCUACCAUUCCCCUUCCUCUUCUCCUUCCCCGGCCUUCCGUUUCCCCCCCUUUCCCCCACUCCCCUCCCUCCCCGACUCCCCUCCCUCCCCCACUCCCCUCCCUUCCCGACUCCCCUCCCUCCUCCACUCCCCUCCCUCUCCGCUUCCCACCUCUCAUGCCUCUCGAUCCCAUCAACCCUUCCUUUGUUUCUGCUUUCGCUAUCGCUACCCCCAUCCAAUACUGAUUUAGCUACUACCUCACUUUUCUCCACCUUUCCUUCCUCUAUUCCCAUUACUCUUUCCCUCUGUUCCCCUGCUCCGCUGUUCCCUUGCUCUCUUGCUCCCUUUCUCCCCUGCCCCGCUGUUCCCUCUACUCCGCGGUUCUCCCCGCCUUGGCUUGACGCCCGCCUGCUAGACCCCCCCUUCCCGCCUCUCAUGCCUCUCAACCCUGCCUUUGGCCCUGCUGGUCUGCCUCUUCCCGCCAACGCUGCUGCUGGCCCCAGGCUAGACUGA